CCCGUUUUUUAAACUCUUUAUCAAUGUGAUUCUAAGUCCUAGGGAGAACUUUACAUAACUGGUACCAUUUUUUCCAGAGUAGGAACCCAUUCAGAAUAACUUACAUUAUUAACAUUUUGCUCCAAUUGCUAGUAAAAGUAGCAUAUUUGAAUAUAAAUAUAUAUGUUUUCAAGAAUUUCUGUACCUCCUUAAAUAUGUUUAAGAACCCAUUUGCAGUGCUGGACUUUGGGUACUGUCUCCAAAUCAGUGAACCAGUGUUAAAUAUUUCUGAAUUUUUUUUUUUAUUUUUUGUUAUUUUUUUUUAAAAAGUCUGUCAUGUGUAUUUUUAGUUGUGUUUCAGUUUUACUACGCAAAUGCUUAUAAGUGUUGGUAGAGAAAUCCCCCAGUGUAACCUUAAAAAAAAGAUGCACGUGAAUUGUUCUGUCAUUUGUGGGUUAGAAGAAGGGGGAGGCAUGGAGCAUCGGAAAGACUUUAAUGAACGCUGUCAGUGUGUUUGAAAGCAACUAGUCAGAGGCACAGGAAGAAAGCGCUGCUCUCUAUAAGCUGAUUACUUUACCCUAAAGCAGACAGGACAUCUGCUCUCUCGCUUCUCCAGACAGGUGAUGUCCUAAUGACUUUUAGCGCCAGGAUUCAAAAUCAAGCCUUUUAUUAUAUUUCAGCUGGCUAUUCAUUCUGACAGGUAGAGCAUGUACAUUUUGUAUGUGCCUUGAGUGUUUCUGUGGUGUUGCCUAGACACUAACUGUCUCCAGAGGAGAAUGUCUGGCUCUCGUAAAGACUUUGAUGUGAAACAAAUACUAAAAGUCAGAUGGAGGUGGUUCGGUCAUCAGACAGCACCAGCGAGCAGCAUGGAUGUCCACCAUCAGGAAGAAUUGCUGGACAGGGAUCAGGGUAUCAUAAGUGCCGAGAGAAAGUUUCUGCAUCCAAGUGAACUCCCACUGCCUUUGCUUGGUUACAGAAGACCUAGCAACCAGGAUUUAGAGAAUUUGCCGUUGUGCCCAAUGGCAUCAGGCUCCGAGCUCCCGGUCGCUUCUUCAGAAUUCCCCACAGACACUUCAGACGGAGCACCUUUGCUUGGCAAACCAGACGAAGAAGAUGGUGUUAGCGAGGAAGACAAUGCAUCUGAGAGCAGCUCGUGCAGGACUUCAAACAGCAACCAGACAUUAUCCUCCUACCAAACAAUGGAAUCCUGCACAGCAGAUGAGUCUUUCCAGUCCCUCAACCAUGCAGAGCAGACCUUUAAAAGGAUGGAGAACUACCUUCGGCACAAGCAGCUGUGUGAUGUCAUCUUAAUUGCAGGAGAUCGCAGGAUCCCAGCCCACAGGCUAGUUCUUUCUUCUGUCUCGGACUACUUUGCUGCAAUGUUUACUAGUGAUGUAAGAGAAGCAAAACAGGAAGAAAUCAAAAUGGAAGGUGUUGAACCAAAUGCUCUUUGGGCCUUAGUGCAAUAUUCAUACACAGGUCGCCUUGAAUUAAAAGAAGAUAAUAUAGAAUGUUUGCUCUCUGCUGCCUGCCUUCUGCAGCUAUCUCAGGUGGUGGAAGCAUGCUGCAAAUUCUUGAUGAAACAGCUUCACCCAUCCAACUGUUUGGGCAUUCGCUCAUUUGCUGAUGCUCAAGGCUGCACCGAUCUCCAUAAAGUGGCUCAUAAUUACACAAUGGAACAUUUCAUGGAAGUGAUCAGAAACCAGGAGUUUCUUUUAUUACCAGCAGGGGAAAUAGCCAAGCUUUUAGCAAGCGAUGAUAUGAAUAUCCCCAGUGAAGAGACCAUUCUAAAUGCUCUGCUAACCUGGGUUCGGCAUGAUGUGGAACAGAGGAGAAAAGACCUCAGUAAGCUGUUGGCUUACAUUAGGUUACCCCUGCUGGCGCCACAGUUUCUUGCAGAUAUGGAAAACAAUGCACUGUUUAGAGAUGACAUUGAAUGUCAGAAACUUAUCAUGGAAGCCAUGAAAUACCAUUUGUUGCCUGAAAGAAGACCCAUGCUUCAAAGCCCUCGCACAAAGCCUAGAAAGUCUACAGUUGGAGUGCUGUUUGCUGUUGGUGGAAUGGAUGCAACUAAAGGAGCUACCAGUAUUGAGAAGUAUGACCUACGCACCAACAUGUGGACACCUGUGGCUAAUAUGAAUGGCAGGAGGCUGCAGUUUGGUGUUGCAGUGCUGGAGGAAAAGUUGUAUGUUGUUGGAGGAAGAGAUGGAUUAAAGACCCUUAAUACUGUUGAGUGCUACAACCCCAAAACUAAAACUUGGAAUGUUAUGCCUCCAAUGUCUACUCAUAGACAUGGGCUUGGUGUUGCAGUUCUGGAAGGACCAAUGUAUGCAGUAGGCGGUCAUGAUGGGUGGAGUUAUCUAAACACAGUGGAGAGAUGGGAUCCACAGGCUCGUCAGUGGAAUUUUGUAGCCAGUAUGUCUACUCCUCGGAGCACAGUUGGCGUGGCUGUACUAAGUGGAAAACUUUAUGCAGUGGGUGGUAGAGAUGGAAGUUCAUGCCUCAAGUCUGUAGAAUGCUUCGAUCCACACACAAAUAAAUGGACUUUGUGCUCCCAAAUGUCGAAGCGAAGAGGUGGGGUCGGAGUUACUACUUGGAAUGGAUUUUUAUAUGCUAUUGGAGGACAUGACGCACCAGCUUCCAACCUGACAUCUCGGUUGUCAGACUGCGUAGAAAGAUAUGAUCCCAAAACCGAUGUUUGGACAUCAGUAGCUUCUAUGAGCAUCAGCAGAGAUGCAGUGGGAGUAUGCCUGUUGGGUGACAAACUUUACGGUGUAGGAGGAUAUGAUGGGCAGAGUUAUCUGAACACUGUUGAAGCUUAUGACCCACAGACAAAUGAGUGGAUGCAGGUUGCUCCAUUGUGCCUUGGAAGAGCUGGUGCGUGCGUGGUCACAAUAAAGCUUUAAACUGCACAUUUACUUUCACAUUCCCAAAGAGCUUUGAAUUCAGUCUUCAUGCUAAUCUUCCAUAGCCACCUGGUUUGAUAG